GUGGUUCCUCACCCAAAUCAUUCGUACCCGAUCUGUCGACUGCGGCACCGCGAGGACCGGAGUUUUACCCUCGGACCGGGUUAGCUGAUUCCAUAUGCAGAUGAUUUUUCGAACCGGUCUACACUGAAACGGAUCCAUUUCAACGCAUUCCGGAUUAUUUGUGAAAAUAACGGAUCGUUUUUGUUAAAGAUGCGGCCCGUUCUGCUUGUUAUGAACGGAACAGGUAAUAAAUGAGCGUGUUUGGGUCUGCGAUGAUGAAGAUGGUAGAGUGACGGAUGGCGGAUGUGAUGAAGAUCUCCGGUUCGUCGCUCCAGUUCUGAAUCACCAUGGCCCGGUCCGUGAGGAGACUGCUCCAUCUGGUGCUGUUCUGGCCUCUGUCUAAAGGCCUGCAGAGUCGCCUCCCGACCAUUAAAGUGAAAUACCUUUUUCUUGCCUGGCUGGGCAUCCUCAUCGUCAGCUGGAUCAUCUACAUGCAGUAUGCAUCAUAUGCCGAACUCUGCCGUGGACAUGUUUGUCACAUGAUCAUUUGUGAUCACUAUAGAAGGGGGGUAAUUUCAGGCUCCUCCUGUAAGGCUUUGUGUGAUCAGAAAACUCUGAGCCUGCACCGCUGCAUGUCCACCUCCUCAACACACCAGGUGUAUUUUGGACUUUGGAAGGAGAAAUCUGUGGUCAUCAAAUGCAGCACUGAGGAUCCGGUGGACCCAAACAUAGGGCUAGACGCGGUGGUGCGACCAGAGAGGAGUUUGUUUGACAAGCCGACACGUGGAACUUCUAUGGAUGAGUUCAGAGAGAUGCUCCACAGCUUCCUCAAGGCUAACCUUGGUGAACAGUCAUCUCUGAGUAUGCUGGUGGACAGGGUCAUUGCUCUGGCUGACAUUAACCAAGAUGGAAAAGUGUCUCUGGCAGAAGCCAAGUCUAUCUGGGCUCUUCUGCACAUCAAUGAGUUCCUCCUGAUGGUGGCUCUGCAGGAGAAGGAGCACACCCCCAAGCUGCUGGGUUUUUGUGGAGACCUUUAUGUGACGGAGCGUGUGAGCCACAGCUCCCUCUAUAGGCUGGAGGUCCCUGUUUACCUCCAGGCUGUCGUCCCCGAUACCCUGAAAUCCAGUCUGAACCACUGGCUGGCUCCAUCGUGGCCCCGCAGGGCCCGCAUCUCCAUCGGCCUGCUGGAGUUUGUGGAAGAGGUUUUCCACGGCUCAUACGGCAGUUUUCUGAUCUGCGACGCCAGCCUCUACCACGUUGGCUACAACGCAAAUUAUGACUGCAAAAUGGCCGACCUGCGCAGCGUGGCAUCAGAGGCUGCUGUUCGAGCAUUUCUGAAGGGUCGCCGCUGCGAGAGCAAUGCAGACUGCACUUACGGCCGGGACUGCAUGGCCACUUGCGAUCGACUGGUGAAGCAAUGCAACACAGAGGUGGUGCAGCCCAAUCUGGCAAAGGUGUGUGUGCUGUUACUGGAUUUUCUGCUGUUCGGAGCUCCGUCUGAGCUGCAGGGGGAUCUGGAGAAACAGCUUCAAACCUGUGUGACCCUCAGUGGACUGGCGAGCCAGAUGGAAGUCCACCACUCGUUAGUUCUGAACAACCUGAAGACAUUACUGUGGAAGAAAAUCUCUAACACGCAGUACUCCUGA